CGUUCGUGCGAGACAGACGUGUGUGACGGACCUGCGAUUUUUUCAUUCGAACCAAAAUCCAAAUCAAAACCAAAACCAAAACACACUGCUAACUGCAACUUUGGCGCGACUUUUCGCGAAGUGAGCCAGCUGAAAGCCAAGCGAAAUUAGAUGUGAAAAACGAGUGUGCAUGGCAGGCAGAAGAGAAAAAGAGAAAUAAGGUGCAUAUGUGCAGCAAGUGUAACGAUACCCAAUACCCAGGCUAAAGCUAAAAAAAAUAAUAUAACAACAAAAACAAAUAAUACCCCUUAGUGGCCAGCAGCCAUGUCUACGAAACUGGAGCAGCAGCACUCGAAGCCCAUUCUGAGUCCAACUCGAUCCCUGGACGAAGGUUUCGAAAGUGAUCCGGAUCGGGUUUCCACCGAUUCGGAGCAUCAGACAAGUGGAACCACUAGCACCACCAGUACUAGCAACAACAACAACAACAAUAAUAAUGCACCAAGCAACAACAACAAUGCCAGCAAGUUGGCCCAGCUUAGUUCGGCGGCCACUGGGGGCGCCACCAAGACGUCGGCCGGAGCAAGUGCAUCCGGUGGUCCAAUGGUGAACUCUGGAAACAUCAGGGGCGCCCUUACUUUGGCCGCCCCCCAGCUUCAGAGGCGGGAGUUCUUCGCCAAGGAUCAGGCAGGAUCAAAACUGAGGCACCAGGCUCCCACCCUGCAGCAGCCACGCCUCCAGUACCAAAAACAAAGACAGCCCCUGGUGCCCAGUGCCGCCUCCAGUGUGCACAACCAUCGGCUAACUGCCUCGCUGCAGCAGGGAUCGUCGGCGCCGGGAAAUAAUCUGGGCACCGGAACCGGAACAGCCAACUAUCGACGCGGACGUCGACUCCACAUGAAUCCCCCUCGCAACGGCAUUCGCUCGCACUCGGUGGACGCCAUAUCGCGGCACAAUCGCCACGGCUACGAUCCCAGCAGCCUGAUCCUGAAGCACGACGGAAAUGGUAACAUAAGCAGCAGCAGUGCCGGGGCGACCACCACCCGCAUGCUGAACUACAAGACCACGGGCGGAGGCAGUGCAGCCGGAGCACCGGCUGCCGGACAGGCCCUUCUCGUCCAGCCGAUUUCCAGUGCCACCUUGUCUCCGCUGGUGGCCGCCGGCGUGGUUGAUGUGGUCGAGGGCGGCGGCUCCUCGCCGGUGAUCGCCUCGGCCACCCACAGCCUGUACACCUUCUAUCCGGCGGAGGGGAAUCUCCAGGUGUGGCAGACGGAGUGCGGCGACCUCACCUACAAGUCGUCGCGGAACAUGCAUCAGCUCCACAAGGCGCCCGUGUGCUGGACGCAGUCCAUUCCCAGGCAGGCCAGAAGAUACAUAACACCGGCAGCAGCGGCCACGGCAACGGCAACCUCAUCAACCUCAGCGGCAGGAGGAGUAGGUGGCACCAAUCUGGCGCUCUAUCCCACGGCCACCGCCCAGGUGUAUCGCUCCAACAACGGCCUGGAUGUCCUGGACUGCGCCGGACUUGAGCACCACAACGCGGCCACCACAUCGGGACACUCCGGCAGCGGCUUCUCCCAGCGCCUCAGGGAACUGGCCGCCUCCGCAGGACUACUCUCCCUCAAGCCCCGCCAGCCCCUCAAGCCGGUGAUCAAGACGCGCGGCUCCCCGGGACCGGAGUUCCCCAAGAAGGUCACCUUCAGUGCCUUCGCCACCGUCCAGGUGGUGUGAGUGGGCGCGAACAGUGGGUCUAGCAUCUGUGGCAUCUGUGCAGGCACAGAGCAAGUUUCAUCUUGCACUUGUUAACCAUUAUUUGUUGUUGUUUUUAUAUUUGUUGCUGUUGUUAAAUGUUUAGCCAAAACUAUGGGAACCUUAGGAGAGAAAUUCCUGAAAAUCUUAUAAAAACAUAAAUUGUUGUGCCAUGUCUGUGGCUCGAAAUGAAAAUAAAAACCAUAUAGAAAAGAAUAACACACCCCAUAGCUGAAGAAAAUACCUCAAGGACCUUACAUUUCCAUCUACUUAUCUUUGCUAUCUCUAAACAUUUUUCUUUGGUAGACUGAUUUUUCAACAACCCUCUUUUAGUUCCUUUCGAUCACCCUCUACUAAAGCAGUAUUUCCAUCUUUCUCCAUCUUUCAAUCACUCUCCUCACACAAACACACCCAAAAACGUUGUAGAAUAUAAAGACUAUGAACGCAGAAAUUCUAAAUAUUUUCUAUUAAACCGUAAAUAUGAAUGAAUUUUUGCCUAUAACAAUUUAAACAGCAAAUAUAGUCAUAAAUAUAUGUAUCCAUGUAAAAUGUAAGUCUGUUUUGUGUAUGUGUGUAUAUAAACCAUGAUUUUGCAUUGAUUAUUUUAUAGGGUAUAAAAAGCACCUUACGAAUACACACAAAUUUUAAUCGAUGCUGCUGUAUAUUGUAUUUAAAGUAUAAUAAAAUAUCUUAUUUAAGCCUAAUAUUAUGCAUGAGAAAUAAUAAAUAAAAUAUAACAUGAUAAAACCAA